AUGAGAGCGUCAAGAGCUUCCGCCGCAGCUUUCAUCGCAAGUGUGCCAUUGACAUUUGGGCUGUAUGAAAAUGGUUCCGUUAUUGCGCCUUGCGACUCGCCAAUCUACUGCCAUGGGGACAUCCUGCGAGAAAUUGAGCUUGCGCGCCCAUUCGCCGACUCCAAGACUUUUGUGGAUUUGCCUACGAUCAGACCCUUCAACGAAGUCAUUGAUGCUUUCAACCAGCUCGAGAAACCAAUCCAGAACAACAGCGCCCUGAACGAUUUCCUGACGACAUACUUUGGCGAGGCGGGCAGUGAGCUCGAGGCGGUUCCGACGGAUGAGCUAGAGACCCAGCCGGAUUUUUUGGCCAACGUCAACAGCUCCACGGUUGCGAACUUCACAUCACAAGUCAUAGACAUCUGGCCUGACUUGACAAGGCGCUAUGCAGGGCCAAGCAAUUGCACGGAAUGCGUGAAUUCGUUCAUUCCCGUAAAUCGGACCUUCGUUGUUGCUGGUGGUCGCUUCCGAGAACCGUACUACUGGGAUAGCUUCUGGAUUAUAGAAGGCCUUCUACGUACCAAAGGAUCGUUCACCCAGAUUGCUGAGAACAUCAUUGAGAAUUUCCUGGAUCUGGUGGAGGAGAUAGGAUUUGUUCCGAAUGGCGCUCGUCGAUACUAUCUCAACCGAUCGCAACCGCCUCUCCUUACCCAGAUGGUGCGCAUUUAUGUUGAAUACACCCAGAACUACACUCUUCUAGAGCGUGCUCUACCGCUGCUAGAGAAAGAAUAUGACUUUUGGACUAAAAACCGUACGGUAACGCUUGAGCGAGCUGGCAGGAACUACAGUCUGAACCACUACGCUGUUUCAAACACCCAGCCACGACCAGAGUCCUACUACGAGGACUACGUGACAGCCAACAAUGCGUCGUACCACAACGGAGAGGGACACAUCUUUAACGCUUCAAAGGCACUUACCGACGAAGAAAAGGCUCAACUGUACGCCAAUUUGGCUUCUGGAGCUGAGAGCGGCUGGGACUACUCGGCACGUUGGAUUGCAAAUCCUGGCGAUAGCGUUACGCAGACCUUUUUUCCUCUUCGAUCCCUGAACACUGUCAACAUACUUCCAGUCGAUCUCAACUCGAUUUUGUACGCAAAUGAGGCCGCGAUCGCAGACUUCCAUCGCCGUCAGGGCAACUAUUCCGCUGCUGCUGCGUGGGCAAAUCUUGCUGCAGAACGAAGCCUGGCCAUGACCGCAUUGCUCUGGGAUACAGAGCACUACAGCUACUUCGACUAUAACUUGACUUCCGGCGCAAAGAACGUCUAUGUCAUUGCGGACAAUACAACUGUACGUGACGAUUCGCCUGGUGCACCAGCUGGUCAGCAAGUAUUUUUCCACCUAGCCCAAUUCUACCCGUUCUGGACUGGAGCUGCACCUCAAGAGCUGAAAAACGACCCAUCAGCCUUGCGCCGCGUUUAUGCUCGCAUCGAAGAGCUGCUUGACGACCGUGCGGGCGCGAUUGCUGCCACGAAUAUUCAAACCGGCCAGCAAUGGGACGAGCCUAAUGUAUGGCCCCCCCUAAUGCACAUCCUGAUGGAGGGACUGCUCAACACGCCGCUCGACUCCGCGACCGAGAGUAACCAAACAUCUCAAGACUAUGUCUGGACGCAAGAUCUUGCCCUCCGUCUUGCGCAGCGAUACGUUGACUCUACUUUCUGCACGUGGCGCGUCACUGGCGGCGCAACACCAGAGUUUGCCCAGCUCGCCAAUGCAGGAGGCAAUGGAACCAUGUUCGAGAAGUACUCGGACGAGAGCACGAAUGCGGCAGGUGGUGGGGGAGAGUACACUGUUGUCGAGGGCUUUGGCUGGUCAAACGGUGUUUUGAUAUGGGCGGUGGACAAGUUUGGGCAGCACUUGCAAACGCCCAACUGUGGUAACGUUACGGCGGCCGACAUCUCGACUAAGCGUAAGAGAAGUGCUAUACAUCUCGAUGCGAGAGACGCGAAAUGGGUGAAGAGAUUCAAUUAA